UGGAUUUAGAUCUAGAUCUAGAUCUAGAUUCUAGACACUACAUGACAUGUAGAUCUAGAUCUAGUCUAGAUUUAGUACUCAUAGACCAUAAUCUAGCUUUUAGAUCUAAAUAAAUUGAUGUAUUCAUAAAAAAGUUUGUCUCUGUUAUGUUGAUACACAAGGUUAAUUAAAUGAUGUCCAGAUCAAUCUAUUUCAAGUAUUUUGAUGGCUAAAAGGAUUACAUUCAGACAUCGUAAAAUAUAUCGGCGAAGAUAUCAUUUCAUCGUUAAAGACAGUUUCAAGGUCAAAAUGUGGCAUGUUGGAAUCAGGCUUUGUCAGAAGCACCUCUAUGGCGUUGUUGUCUGCUUCUUGGUGACAACAUUGAUCUGGUGGACCUCUGGGGAAAGCAACCAGUGUUUGGAGACAGAGAUCAUUCAGGAAGUGUGCAAGCAGUAUCACGAGAAGUAUGUUUCUAGUAGCAUGUGUGAUGCACUGUGUAACUCUAAGGAGCUGCAUAUUGGAGCAUGUAUAAAAACUUAUGAAAACUUGAUGUUUUUUCAGAACGGACAGACUGUAUUGACUGCUGAGUCCAACCCAUUGAGCACGUGGAGGAUGAGGCAGAUCAGUGAGGGCACACAGAUGAACCAGUUUGUCACUCUGGUUGAAGACUUCCUGCACACACAGCUGGGAGACUUUGACUCCGCCCCCCUCACCCUCAGGAUCUUUGAUGACUUUGAUAUCAACAGGGACAGUCAGAUCAACUUGGGUGAAGCUCAGAGUAUAUGGAGUGUGUUGAACCAGCCCUAUUUUCUAGCCUUCUACCACUUAAAGAGUUCCUCUGCGAUUCCACAUUUAAAUGGCACAUGUGGUGGUCUGAGCGUCUGGCACAGACCCCACAUGUUAUCUGGCAGCAUCCUGUUCCGUAAGGACACACCCUGGCCGGUGCGCAUGUUCUCAACCAAGGCUUACAGGUGGACACUGCCUAGUUGGCAUCAUAGGGCAAAGGUCAUGCUCAGCCUUUUGGAGUUUGUUGAGGAGAUGUAUGAAAAAGAUGGGGUCAGAUAUCACCUGUGCAAUGCAGAUGGAAGGACCCUGUUGCACCUCGGGUCCUUUGAGAUUGUGAUCACCGAGGAAGUGAUGCUACUCUCUAGUCAGCAGCUGGCCACCCGCCUGUCCAACAUCACCUGCCACCACUCCCACGACUGUGUCCUGACCAAACAGUGCCAGACAUUCUGUGAUUACAGCACGCAGCAGUGCUCUGGCAAGGUGGUGCGCCCAACUCUGGCUUACAUCUGUGAUAUAAUGGAGGAUUAUCUGCUCUUUGAUGCACCCCGCCUGCUCAAGCCUGGCCUGAUGCGGCUGAUACAUAGAUGUCAGGGUAUGUCCUCGUACUCCCUAAAAGCUGAUUUGCUCCAUUCCGUUGUAAUUAUUGAUUUAAAAAGUAUAUUAUGGAACACAAUUCAGUAUGAAAAAAAAUGAUUAGGAUCUUUAUUCCAGAGAUGUUUUAAUUUUUUCCAAAUUUUUAAUGCAUGACUUUUUUAAAACUUCUGAUGCUGUAAACAUUUAGGUAAAUUAACCUCAAGUUUGUUAGCCUCAGAUAAAAAACUCAGGGUUUUUUAAGAUACAAAAUUUGUAAAGAAAAUAUAGGUCAGUUUCUUUUUAUGUUUUUAUUAUCUCCACUUAACUUUAAAUACUGAGGUUUUGGCUUUACAAUAAAAACAGUUUUUAGGUUUGACUAAUUUAAAAAAAACUUAAACUGAACUCACAAUACAAGCAUUUCGCCAUUGAGUCAAAUUAGUUUAUUUUUCUAAAAUUGUCAAUAAUACGAGUAAUUAUUCCAAACAGUUUUUAUUCUUCUUAUCUUAUACUUAUGCCACAUAAAGUUUUACAAACAUAUGGGUGAACUUUGUUUAAACACUUUUAUUCUUCUAUUUAUGAUCUGCUAUGAGUUGACUGCAACCCUUGUCUGCAGUUGUUUGUCCAUCUUCAAAUGUUUUGUACAAGAAGGUAAUCACACACUUGUUUAUUGUUGGGGAUGAAUUCAAUAGUUUAGGAAGUUCUAGCCCUUGUAGCAGAGUUACUGGUCCUUACUUCAACCAAAUUGAUCUUCUAGUUAAGCAGUUGUUUUGACCUGUUUUUUAUGUGUCUAUUCUUAUAAGGUUAAAUGUAAGUUGGUUUUUUUAAGGAAAAUUGGUUUUUGAUGAAGUUUUCUGUAUAGUUAUACUAAAAAUCCAAAGUGUUAUGAGUCCCAUUUAGUAAGGGGGGGGGGUGCACUUUUGUUUUCUACUUUUUAAAAUUUUACAUCCAGAGCUUUUUAAAAAUCUUUAACUUUGUUUUGAACAUUAAAGGAAAUACUAAACGACCAAACAAUUUUCAAAAUUAGAUUUAAUAUGAAAACUUCAAAACAGCUUUCAAAUCAUACAAAAUAUGUGAUGUUAGAGCAAUUAUGAUACAGUUAUUAGAUCUAGCUAGAGAAUAUGUAGUGUAUUGUGAUACCAUUAAUUCCCAGUCUGAAAAAUGCUUUGCUAACUAUACAAUAUUAGAAUUCACUUGUAAAAAAAUGUGGGUUUUUACUUUCUCAUUAGUGCAUCCCCUUAAUCUUUUUGAAUUAAUUCCAUAAUUAGUUGUUGCCUGAAAUACUUACAUAACAAAGCUGACUCGUCUAAACUUGAUACUGUUUCACCUAUUGCCAUGAUGUUGAUGUGUUCUCUCAACUUAAAAAAUGCAAAUGACAAUGAAAUUUUUCUUUCAAAUUUUCAUUUUAAUACAUUUUUAACAAUUUUCAACAUUUUAAGAACAAAUGACUUUUUUAAAUGAAUGUUUUUAUAAUGCUGGUGUUGGCAUUGUGCAUCAAGUUCUUUUAGAUUUUCUAUAAAGAAGACAAUCUUUGUUCAUGUGUUUGCUUGUCUAAGCUACCAACAAUACAAGCUGAGGAAAUAGUCUACUAUUUGACCAGAGAUCUGUUAGAAUGUACUAGAAGACAUCAAAAUAAAUGUAGAAAUCCAUCUUGCAGACAGAGAAUUUAAGUUGACUGGACUGUUAAAGCUAGUACGAGUAUUUAUUUUUAACUACAGUUUUUUACAAGUAUUUGUUUAUAAUUAUCGAAGAGAUUUUCGCUUGUUGUGUAUUCAAGUCCCAAACUUCCAAAUUAAUUUAUUUGAUAAUUUUUAUCUAAAACUGUAUCUGUUGUAAGUGGUGAUGGGGAACAAUUUUUAUGCCAUGAAACACUUUCUGGUGCAGUUCUACAUUCUCAGACUGCUAAAUGUUGGGCACAACUUUUGGAUACAAUCUGCCACAUGUUACACAAACAUUUCACAGACAAACAACCCAAUGUUGUAUACAUUGUAAGGAUAAAAACAGCAAAAUGUUGCACGCAACAAAUUCUCCGGUUAAGCUUGUAUGGCUAUUGACUUUAGUUUGAUGAGUGGUUUGGGUUGAGUUGUGUGUGAUUGCAGUUUAAAAAUUUCUAGCCCUUGUGGGAAUAAGGGAGGGCUAUUUUUUCAAAUAUGUUUGUCAUGUAAAAAAUAAGGGCAAACUGUGUUUGGUGACAUUUUUACAAUUAUUUGUGUAAAAUUAUUUAAACAGGUUUUGUCCACAGUAACUUGACAAUGUAAGGAGUUUCAAUGUCUUGGGGAUGUAAGAGGUUUCAAGAUGGGUAUUUUACAUUCCUUGCUUUGUUGUCUUUGCUUUAGCUACCUUGUGGUUCUAGUCAUGUUGCCAUGGAAAUUAGAUCAACAAAGCUUCCGUAAUAUGUUAACUUUUGAAAUGAAGCAUUUGAUUGUUGUCUUUAAAGCAAUAUAAUAGUCUAAUAAAUACAAGAUGUUACCAAUCAACUUAUGAAACAGAUAUUUAUAGAUACACAUUGCUACCUUCACCGUGAAGAUUUUGUUAUAUUUGUUAGCAGAAUUGGGUUUUUAAAAGUGAGGUAAAUCUUUUAUGCAAAAAUUUGUAGGAUUAUGAGUUAUUACAAUCAAGAGGACUAACUUUUUUAAUACUAAAAUAUUUAAUUAAGGCUCCAGCCAUCUGUUAAACACCUUGUUGGUGCUUCUGUUUGACCAACUUGUACCCUUUAGAUUGUCUAGUUGUGUCUCACCCUUAUAAAACAAUGUAUUUUAUCAGAUGAAUGUUGUCAUGUAGACAUUGUGGUUUGGACAAAGUUUGUAGUGCUUGCCAUGUCCAACAGAGCAAGUUGUUUAAUACCUGUGUUUGAGGUGUAAAAAAUAAAACUGAACAUUUUUACAUCUCGUGAACAUUGAUUUUAUUUAAUUGCAUUUAACUAAUAUAUUUUAUACCAGUUUUUUUAAAGAAUUUUAGAGGCCAAGUAAACUCAUUAACCUGUAAAAACAUUUUUAAGUCAUUAACCUGUAAAAACAUUUUCAAGUCAUUAACUUAUUAAAUUUUAUGGUACAUAGAUUUAUUCCUACUGAUAAAAACAUCUCAUUUGAUGAUCCGAGACUUACAUUUGAAUACCAUGCAUAAAUUGCUAAUUAAGAUACAUUUGAAUACCAUGCAUAUUUUGCUAAUUAAGAUAGAUUUGAAUACCAUGCAUAUUUUGCUAAUUAAGACAAAAUGUGAUUUGUCCUGUUUGAACUUUUCCUCACAUAUUCGUCCCAGCUAGGUAAUGUAUACAUUUUAAUUGGAUACAACUUUUUAAAACGGAUGAAAAUUUUAAUUUUGUUUGUCAAAAUAAGAUCUAAAUCUAAGUGAAUUUUUAAAAAAAGUGUAUUAUUUUAUUUCAAAUGUUGGCUUUUAAUAGCACUUUUUGUGCUGACUUUCUUGACCAUGGGAGUUGCUGUAUCUUAACUGUAACCAUCUCUAAUUGCCUCUAAUCCACAAGGCAAAAGCCAGUUUUUAAGAAAUGUUUUUAAAAGUUAUAGUAAUGUGACAGAGAUGUUUAAAUAUUUAAACAUUUCUUUUUGUAAGGACAAUAGUUUUUAAAACAAAAAAAAGCAGGGAUUUAAUCCAAGCAGUAAGUGCAGUCUGUUAACUGAAACAACAAAUUCUAGUCUGAAGAUUUCUCUUGCCACCCUAGCAGACUUUUCUUUAACAUGAUUAUAACAUGAUGUCACUGACCAGCUAGUCAAAUAUUGAGCCUUGUCUGAUGUAGGUUUUUGUGAGGAUGUAUUAUCACCCAACUCUUGUACUGCUACAUAGAUUUAUUAUCUCCCUUUGUUUACCCAGUUGGUUCAAUAUGUUGCCCUGUGUAGUAGGACAUUUUAAAGUUUUCCAUGCUUUCCUCUGUUAGAAUCUAGAUAGGUAACCUCCCAUCUCUAGAUCGUUACUGUUAUGAUUUUCUGCUCUCAUAUACUGGUGUGUGAUAUUGUAGAGCUGUUUAUAACUUUUUUUGGGUGUUUAGCCUUUUCAAUUAUUUAAAUUGCUUGAUUUCCCUUGUGUAUAUUUUAAUGGUUGAGCUUUGAUCAAAUUGUGUGGGUAAAGUGUUAAAGAUGUUUUUAGAAGUUAUGUCAAUUCCAAAGUAUAUUACUGAAGACUACACGUUAUAAAACUAAAACAAAAUUUAAUUUUCCAAAAUGUUGAAACCAGCUAUCAUGUUUAUUUUCAAAUUAAGUUUAUCUUUGUAUUUGAAGCUAAAUUUGUCAAUAAGGUGAUUAAUGACAAUGGGAGUGCCAACUUUGUAUUGAUAAAAAUAUCUUUUUUCAAAUUGUGCUGCAUUUAAAAUAAUUGCAUUUAUAUUUUAUCAAAGUGACAAUGGAUAAAUUCAUUAAAUCUUACACUUGUCAAUUUGUUUUUGUGGCUAACCAUACUUUACAAGUAUAAGUUUUUUAAAGUAGGCCUGGAGUAUAAGAGUUAUCUGAAGGCACUUAAUGGACUCAUGUGCAGUGUUGGUAUUAUUUUUUUUUACAAAUGUAUUUUUGGUUAUUAAUAAUUUAAGAAACCACCAAAUUAUAUAAGGGUAUUGCUGGGGUUUUGUGUUCUACGAAGUCUUGUAUUGCCUUAAGGGUUAACACAGGUGUAGCAUCUGGGGUCAGUUUUUAAACUUCAGCAUAAGUCAUGAUAAGGGAUAGCUGCCCCUUGUGUAUUCAGACAUGAAGUAUUAACUUAUACAAUGUUCAAGUUCAUCUUUGUGCUUGUGACCGGUUCAGUGACCAUAAUGUGUGUUUGUCACGCCUGAAUUAUUUGUGACAACUUGUAAUAUUUUGUUGGUUUAAUUGUGUUUCAAUGUUAAUGAAAACAACUAUUAAUGUUGCCGUGAAAUAUUUAACUUGAAUAGGGUUGGGAUGUGUGCUGUGAUUUAAGGUGUAUACAUUUUGUUCUAAUAAACAAAUUUUUAGAUGCCACAAGUUUGUUAUUUCAAUUCAUUCAUUAAAA